AUGUCCAAGACUAAUGUUCUGCUGGUCGGAGCAGCGGGUGAAACCGGAGGUUCUAUCGCAAAUGGCCUUUUGGCCGAUGGAAACUUUGAGGUCACCGCUCUCAUUCGCCCUGUCUCCGCCCAUAAACCUGCCAUCAAGCGAUUGCAGGAACUAGGCGUUCAUAUUCGACAAUGUGACUUGAAAGCCCCAGAGGAACAGCUCAUCGAAGCGCUGGCAGAUAUUGACGUCGUCAUCAGCUGUGUGGGCCCCGCAGAGCAGCAAGAUCAGAUUCCCCUGGCUAAGGCUGCGAAGAAGACCGGGGUCAAGCGUUUCAUUCCCUGUGGCUUCAUUACUGUUGCACCUCCCGGGGGUGUAAUGUGGCUGCGUGACGAGGUAAGAGCGGAUCUCGACCUCAUGGUGAAAGAAAUUGUCUACAACCAAAUUCGCCAGUUGUGGCUCCCCUAUACCAUUGUCGACGUUGGCUGGUGGUACCAGCUGUCCUACCCACGUCUCCCAUCUGGACGAAUCGAUUAUGCCAUGACUUCUGGAAACGAUGAGAUCAUUGGUGAUGGAAAUAUGCCCACUGCGCUCACCGACUUGAGAGACAUCGGUCGCUAUAUGGCAAUGAUCAUCAAGGACCCACGAACCCUGAAUAAGAAGAUUUUGGCCUAUAACCUCGUGUCCACUCAAAAUGAGAUUUACAGCCUGAUGGAGGAAGUUGCCGGCGAGAAGGUCGACCGCUUCUAUGUCCCCGAGGAGACUAUAUGCAGUAGAGUGCUGGCUGCUCGACAGGCCAGUGAAACCUACCCCUUCGAUCCGAUCAAGUUCAUCCCCCGAUACUUGGCCGAAUAUCAAUUCUCCUGGGGUAUUCGCGGCGACAACAACCCAGAGUACGCCAAGUACCUUGGUUACCACCUCACAACCGAGCUUUACCCUGAAUUCAAGCCCACAGACUUCCGUCAGUACCUGGAGUCCGUUGUCCGUGGCACAGCAAAGGGUGUAUACACCGACCGAACCAUCUCACGCAAGCACCAGCGCCACUUCCCGCGUACGGAAUCCAGCGACUCGCUGUACACCCGCAUUUUCCCUCGGACAGAGUCCAGCGAUUCCCUCAUGUCGCGAUGA